AUGUCGUACACUGGCAAGCUCAAGAUGGCGAAGCAGGGUUGCAUUGGAUGCUACGGCUUCAUCGAGACCAAAGGCCCCAAGGAUGUGUUCGUCCAUGAGUCAAACUUUGCUGGCUUGAAGGCACAUGUCGGCAAGAGGCUGAAGUUUGACACAGAGCUCGGCUUCGACGGUCGUGAUCGGGCGUGCAACGUUAAAGUGGCGAUCGACCAGGAAGAAGCAGGGAGUGAGACGAGCCCGCGCAGUUCAAACACGCCGCGCGUGGAUGCCUUUCUUCGGUGCAGCAAUUCUGGCAGGCCUCGCAGAGGUGUGUUGAUCAAGGGCUGGCCCGAGAGCGAGGCAGCAACGGCAGGGCAACAGUUUGCCCAGGUGAGGAGCCUGAUGCAACGCGUCGCUGAACAUGGGGGUGGCAAGUUGGGGUGGCGCGAUGCUGAGACCAGAAAGGAGCUGGUGUUUGUGGCCAACGCGGUAGACCCGCAAGCGCUCGAAAACACAACUCAGAACUUGCGGGCCCUGAUCCACUCUCGCUACUCGGUGGGGCGGGAGAAGGCUGCCAAGGCGGAAAUCCGGCUGUCGUCCCUGAAAGGGCUUCCGCAUGACGUGAAAGAGGAAAUUGCCUUCAUGCAGCAGAAGCAGGCAAAGGCAAAGGGCAAAGCAGAUCGGGAGCUUCAGAAACAACGGAAGAACCAUUGCUUUCGGAAGUGCCCAAGGGAACCAACCUCCCCUGUUGCUAGAGGGGCAUCGCAACACCUUGGCCAUCGAAAGGGUUCCCUUCAUGAAAUGGCCCAGCCGAAGUCCAGCCAUGCUGCGAACAGCAAAUGGCCAAAAGCCUGGAGCCAGAAGUACCGCUAUUGA